UCUCGGGUGUGUGUGCUUUUUUCGUGCGCGAGUCGCGUGGUGUGUGCGAUCGAUCAACCCAAAACGCGGUCGUCCGUCGCGGUACGACGACACCCCCGGCUAGUUAAUACAGUUUAACAAACCUAUCCCUCGGCGCGAUUAACGAUAUCCGGACGCGUGUGUGCGCUGAGAGAGUGUAACUGUAGCGGGUGUGAUUUUUUGUAUUGACUGAUGCGUUUCCGAGUAAUGAACUAAGGCAAUUGCAUGGUUUAGCUUUGAUCCGAUCUAUGUGUCUCCAAGUUUGUCGCUGAAGCAGUGAAGAAGAGGGGGAAUUGACACGGUUCGGUCGUGUGAUCGAAUCUGGCAAUUGGACAGACGGUUUGUUUUUCGGAGUGCUUAUUGUUCGCUUUCACGUGUCGGUUUGUGUUUGAGAAUGUGAUUUUUGUAAUUGCUUCUGUGUAUUCUACCGGUGUGACUUGUUGCACAAAGUGCAGUACCUACAGUUUAAUAAAUGGGUUUGUUGGUUAAUCGCAGUCGGGUGCUUGAUUUACGGUGGUCGUUAGCACUGUCCUUGGUCGUGUUGGCUACUCUGGUACGAGGCGAUGGAUUCAAACUGCCGGAUCAAACGGACGCUGCUGUAGGAAAGGCAGCCGUUGAUGGCCCAUCCGUGGUACCAGCUACCGGAGAAGGUCGUCGUCAGGGAAAACACCUACUGGACUUCAUCGGCCUGGGUACCGGAGGAAACGUGGACCCCUACCUGGCUCGAACCAACGCUCAGUGUCUGAACGGCGAACUAGCUGAUUGUUUCAAAUCACAAGCCCUCAACACGUUCACGGACUUCUUCGCAAAGGAUGUCUACCAGUUAACAUCCGACGCCCGUAUAACUCGCCUGCCGGAAGCUCAGCUCCGUUCAUUCCAGCAAGAUCCAUUCGAGUACUCGGAAGAACCCCGGCAACUAGAUUCCGAAUGGGACCAACUCUACAAGUUCGGCCUCCGUCAGCUGGAGCGCUUCGUCAAGUCCACUGCCCUCGAGUUCCAAAUCCCAGACGAAGUCACCGAAGGCGGCCGUUACCAGGCGCGCUUCAUCGAUGAAAUCUCCGACGAAAUCGACGUCAUCGAGGACAAGAAAGCUCCACUCUUCACCCGGCAUCGUCUGAAGAAAAUCUUCAUCCCUCUGCUGAUCAUCCUGAAAAUCUUCAAGCUAAAACUCCUGCUCUUCCUGCCUCUGAUCCUCGGACUGGCCAGUUUCAAGAAACUUCUCGGAUUCGCCGCCAUCAUCAUUCCCGGUAUCAUCGGAUACAUGAAGCUGUUCCGGCCGAACCAGAGUUGCUGCUCGAACGAUCUCUUCUCCAACAGCUACCAGCCCCAGUACUCUCCGCAAGGACUGGGCUCCGUCAGUUACAACCCAUUCAAACCCUACCAAAACCAAUACUCCCGACCGGAGCCCAACUUUGCUGCUCCUUACGGCAACUACUACCGAGACAGCCACGAGCUGAAGAAUGGAGGAGGAGGAGGAGGAGUCAAGUUCGGAGACGACCAAGCCUACCAGGGAUACUCGGAGUACCGAAGCAACGAUAAGGACAUUAAAGCGGAAAAUUAACCAUUAGCGAUUGGAAUUCAUUCUUCUGUAUAAAAAAUCUAAUUUAAUUUAGUAUGACUACAAGCGUAAAGCAAAAAGAGUGAGAGUGUGUGAAUGUGUUUGUGUUGUUCUACCAGUUAAUUGUCUAGUGAGCGAUGUGGCUCAACGAUACCGCGCGUAACAGUUUACCAGUUAGUACCAGUGUAAAUAUUUGCUAAGGAAAGCUAAUUAAAAUUCCGACCACGGAAACAAUUUGAAAAGUAAAUGUUAUUAUUUUGA